UCCAGCAGAGCUAGUGUCAGAUAGAGCAAUGGCGGGUGAAGAAGAGAGUUCACUGGACGGAGGAACCUAUUCAGAACUACUAUUUGCCGACGACAAUGAUGGCCUAGCAGGAUGUUUCAAUUUCACUACUUCAUCUUCCCAAAAAAUGCUCUGUUUUGGUACUGAUACUCCUGUACUUGAAACUUGUUCUGUACAAACACCAGAACAAAAAACCCCAAAAUCUGAACUCACAUGCAGUGGAGAUUCACCAUCUGCUUGUUCAAGUAGCAACAUCAGCAAGCCUAACAACUCCAAUAAAAAGCGAAAUGGGGCAGAGAGAGAAUCGGUUGAAAAAACAAAAGGUGGAAAUCAGAGAAAUUGCAAGAGGACAAAGAUGGUAGAAAAUUCAAAUGUGACAACUCAUGCAAAGGUUAAGAAAGAGAAGCUUGGUGAAAGAAUCACAGCAUUACAACAACUUGUAUCUCCCUUUGGCAAGACAGACACAGCAUCAGUGCUACAUGAAGCGAUGGGAUAUAUCAGGUUUUUGCACGAUCAGGUUCACGUCUUGUGUUCUCCUUACUUGCAGCGCCAGAGCCAGAGCCAGAGCCAGAGCCACAGACAGCCUCCCUCUUUACGUGAGGGAGGAGAAGCGGAAAAUGAGGUGUUGCUGAGGAGCAAAGGACUUUGUCUAGUCCCAGUAGAGCUGACUGUCCAUGUAGCUGAUACUACUCUCAACGGCGCUGAUUUUUGGUCACCUGCCGCCGUGAUGAACAAUAAUAUUACCCAAUGAACAAUCCCUUUGCUCUCCUUUUUCUUGUUUUGGUGGGUUGAUGUAUUGUAGCCCCCAUUUUUGGAUGUAAAAACUAAAAAGACAUGAUCAAAACCAGUAGGUAGCAGCAGGUUUGAAACGUAACACUGCUGGGUGUUGGAAAUUGUACAACUUCUGGGGAAAUGGAAAAGUGUUACUCUUUUCAGUUCGAAGGGGAUUCGUGGACUCCAGUCUCUUGUCUUUAAUUAAUUCUUGUUUCCCUAGUUAUAAUGUUAAAAGUGGUAUAAUUAAUCCUAUAGCAUCA